GAAUUUCAUGGUGACGGGCUUGCAGGAUAUCGACAAAUGCCGGCAGCAGCUUCACGAUAUCAGCGUGCCCUUGGAAGUUUUUGAAUACAUAGAUCAAGGCCGCAAUCCUCAGCUUUACACUAAAGAGUGUCUGGAGCGAGCUUUGGCUAAAAAUGAGCAAGUAAAAGGAAAAAUUGACACAAUGAAGAAAUUUAAAAGUCUGUUAAUUCAAGAACUGACAAAAGUGUUUCCAGAAGACAUGGCAAAGUACAAAGCUAUUCGAGGAGAAGAUCCUCCCCCUUAA